UUUUCAACGUUGGAGAAAUGAAUGACAACAACAUACUUUAGAUAAUGAACAAGUCCUAAAUAGAUAAGAAACGAGGUGAAACGAAGGCAGAGUGUCUUCUCUCGUCAUGUAAAGUAAGAGGUAAGUUAGUUCGCUAGCUGCUAAUAACCAGUAUUUCCCGUUUCCACUAGGUUUCUAACGUUAGCUAGCUAGCUAGCAUGUAGCCCAAUAAUGGACUAAAGGAGCCUAACGUUAUUCCUGUCCAAGUACCUUUACAUGUUAUGUUUAAAGGCGAAUUGGCUCUGGAUUAAAGGCGAAUUGGCUCUGGAAGCCAAAAACAGCCAAAUACUCCGUUUAAACGAGAAUCGAUUCUCAACAUAAAUUCCUCUACUAGUAUAUUCAUAGCACAUCAAAAUAAUUUCACAAACAGAAAAUACACAUACUGUACACCAGAGAAGGCUGGAACACACGUUGUAAGAUGGAGAUAUGGCUGUGUGGAAACACUCGUGCGGAUGGGGCCACUCAAAAGGUGCCCGUUGGUACAUUGUCAUGGAGGGAGGUCACAUGUGUUGAGGUGCAAAGAACCACUGGUUCGAGUCCAGUAUGGAGCAGUCUGAAAGUGGCUGUUAGCAGCGCACGUUGACGUCGGUUUCGUAUGUAGUUAGUUAGCUAUGUAAAAACAGAGCGUGCUGGAAGUAUCAAGGUUAGUUUCUGUUCUCAUGGUGGAUUCUAGAUCAUGUCGAGACUGAUGCAUGUCCCACUGCAGAGCUAGGUUGCUCGAACUCCUAAAUGCCAGGGAGGGAGACUGCUUGCAAUUUAAGACUGAAUGUCAUAGCUACAGUAGCUAAGCCAAUUUUAGGUCUGUGGGUUUCCAAAAGUUGCCUAUGUUACUUCUCUCCCUUUGUGAGCAGGCUCAGGACAGCAGCAUGGACAGGCACAACAGCACUACCUCCCGCGGUGUUCCAGUGGUGCUGGUGUGCCUUGGUGCUCUGCUAUUGGGCAAUGUGGUGAUCUACUUGUACCUGGACUCACUGCAGCAGAGCGACGACGGCAAACCCCACCUGACUCCUCAUGGCGCGUGCCCGCCCCGUCACUUUAGGAUGGCCAACAUGAAGAACUGUUCGCCGUGGCUGGAGUGUCCACAGGUGCGCACAGAGGUGCGCAAGUUGAAGAUGAUCGGCCAGGGAGCCGUUAAGCAGGUUAGCCACUCAACAACAGAGAACAUUGAAACCUAUGCCCAAUUUCGUCUGACGUAAGCAAACCUGAAUACAUAACGGAACCUGAAUACAUAACGAAACCUGAAGUGUUUAUUCAAUGUCCUCCUCCCCUCUCCCAUAGGUUUUCCUGUCCGAGUGGAAGGGUCACAAAGUAGCCCUGUCCAAGCUCUCCUCCCCGGAGUACCAGGAGGACUUCCUCCAUGGGCUGUCCAUGCUCCAGGCCCUCCAGGGGUCCCACGUGGUGGUACUGGUAGGCAUGUGUUCAGAGGACAACACCCUGGUCACAGAGUACCAUCCGCUGGGCUCUCUGCUCAGCCUGGUUGCAGUGCUGGCCCAGGAGAGGCACCGUGUACGGGACACCUGGCAGACCCGCCUGCGGCUGGCACUGGACUACGUCGCCAUUCUCCAUUACCUCCACACCAGCCCCGCCGGGACCAGAGUCAUGUGUGACUCCAAUGACCUGGAGAAAACCCUGUCACAGUUCCUGCUGACCAGCGACUUCCACCUGGUGGUCAAUGACCUGGAUGCCCUGCCAGAGGUCGGGGCCCCUGCGGGCUCAUUAGUGAAAUGCGGCCACCGGGAGCUCACCGGGGGAUUUGUGGCCCCAGAGCAGCUGUGGCCCCACGGUGAAGGCCAGCCUUUUGCCGAUGAGCUGAUGCCGGGGUACGAUGAAAAAACAGACAUUUGGAAGAUUCCAGAUGUGACACGUUUCCUGAUGGGGAGGGUAGCAGGAGGUGACGUAGCCCACUUCCACCUCUUUAAGAUCAACGGGGAGUGUAAGAGGAGAGACCCCCAUCUUCGCCCCUCUGCAAUGGACGUCCUGAGCGUGUACAGAUCCGUCUAUGCAACCAUGAUGAGAGACAGUCCCGGUCCUGGUGGCGCCAGAGACAUGCUUUAAUCUCACUUUUUCUUUGUACUGAUAAGAAACUGGACUGUGAAAUAAAAAAUAAAUGUUUUGUCACUGUUUUAUCA